UGGAUCUAAAGCCUUUCUUUCCAGGUCGGUGUUCUUAUGAAAAUCUUGAUUCUGUAGUUCAAAGUACGUUGAACUGAUUGCUGAGCUUGAAAAGAAACUUGUGAAGAUUUGUGGAUUUGAGUGAUGGGGAGACUUACGAGGUAGUUUUCUUAAUUUUUCGAUAGAGUAAUGAAUCUGCAAUAUUUGAUAGUUCGACUUGGUUUGUUAGAGUGGCUGGGGGGUGAUUCUGUAGACUAGCUAGUGCAUUUAAACAUAUACCCAAGAAACAAGGAGAAAAAAAAUAAAACUUUGAAGGAUCUCAUGGAGGAAGCUCUCCUUACAACCCUGUCCAUGGAGAAAUGUCACUCCACCGAUUCGGGUUCUUUGUCGCAUGAUGAAUUGGAGAGAGAGAUGAGCCGGUCUUACGGCCUUUCACGCCCUCCUGACAUCAAUCUCCCUCUGUCAUCUGAGCCAAGCCCACCUUCUCAAGGAUGGAAUGAUCCGUGUGAUGUUUUAGAUGUGGGUCUUGGACCUCAAAUGUAUGAGGCUGAGGCGGCAAUCAAUCAGCCGAAAGCUGCGAGGAAAUGCGCCAAGAGACUUGACAGUGUUUGGGGUGCCUGGGUUUUCUUUAGUUUCUAUUUCAAGCCUGUUUUGAAUGAGAAGUCAAAGUGUAAGAUUGUCCGGGAUAGUAAUGGUGUCUCUGGGUAUGAUAAAACCGAUCUGCAGCUGGAUGCUUUUCUGGUUCAGCAUGAUAUGGAGAACAUGUACAUGUGGGUUUUCAAGGAAAGGCCUGAAAAUGCUCUCGGCAAGAUGCAGCUUAGGAGUUACAUGAACGGGCAUUCUCGACAAGGGGAGCGCCCAUUUCCAUUUAGUGUGGACAAGGGUUUUGUUCGGUCUCAUCGUAUGCAGAGGAAGCAUUACAGGGGUCUUUCUAAUCCUCAAUGCAUUCAUGGGAUCGAAGUAGUUCGGUCACCCAAUCUCAUGUGCCUUGAUGAGGAGGAAAGGAAGAGGUGGGUGGAGCUCACAGGCCGAGAUAUAAACUUCUCUAUCCCUCAUGAAGCCAGUGACUUCGGUUCUUGGAGGAAUCUACAUGCCUCAGAAUUUGAGCUCCCUCCGCCCCUUAAGAAUAACGUGAAUUCCCAAUCCCACCAAAGAAAAUUGCUAAAUGGUACUGGUCUUAAUUUGGCUACUCAGCCAUCAGAUCACGUGAGCGUCGAUGGCAUGGACCUUUCGCCAGUUAGCAACAAACGAAAGAAGGAUCUUUUUCCCCAUGGAAACGAGGAGGAUUGUUGUCUGACUAAUAAUUCGCAUUUUGACAGAACUUUAGAUUUGAAAGUUCAUGCUGUAGAGCCCCCCUGGGUAAGUGAGUUUAGCGGAGUAAUGAAAAAUGUAUAUGGACCUGUUACAGCUGCAAAAACAAUAUACGAGGAUGAGGAGGGUUUCUUGAUCGUAGUUAGCUUGCCUUUUGCUGAUCUUCAAAGGGUAAAAGUUACUUGGAAGAACACUCCCUCACAUGGUGUUGUAAAGAUUUUUUGUGUGAGUACAGCUGGAAUGCCAUUUAUUAAGAGGCGUGAUAGAACAUUUAAGCUAACAGAUCCAACACCGGAGCAUUGUCCACCCGGGGAAUUUGUUCGCGAAAUUUCCCUCCCAACCCGCAUUCCUGAAGAUGGUAAGCUGGAAGCAUACUGCGACGAGACAGGUACUGUUCUGGAGAUUAUUGUGCCUAAACAUCGCAUAGGACCCGAAGAACAUGAAGUCCGCGUAUGCCUUCGCCCCUCUCCGUGGAAUGAACGGCCAUAUUGUGACUUGAAAGAGACAGACAUUGACAUGAGAAUGUAAGCAAUGGUUACAGUGUUUUUUGCGUCGGCACAAAAAUAAUGUCAAUAUCUUCAUUUGGAAAUAUUGUAUCUCUAUUUUAUUAGUUUUGUUCGUCGUGUACACUUUAAAAAAGUUAUUUAAGCUGGUGCGAAGUUAUUAUUGUCGCACCAGUUGCAACAUGAAAAAAGAUGUAGUAUUUUCCCUUUCAAUGUAUUGAUUAUUAUCUAACCGAGCUUAUCUCCAUGAA